AUGCACAACAAGAUUGUGGAGAAGAACGCACAGUUACCAGUGCAUGAUUGGCUGAUCGCCAACCUCUGCAACGAGAAAACAGGAGUGGAUUUUGGUAUUGUCUACUGGCCCCUAUGGAACAAAGAAAAGAGGAGUCUUGGAAACUGCUCUAUUACCGCAACUGGGCUCAAGGGAGCGGUCGAGGGACUCAAACUUGCUUGGAGGAAGGGAUAUCGCAAGGUUAACCUUAAAAUGGACUCCACCACAACGAUUGACAUCAUCAAGAACUGUGACAAGGAACGAUGA